AUGUUUGAAGAGUUCAAGAAAGACAUGUCAAAUGAAUUUGAGAUGACAGAUAUGGGCCUCAUGGCAUAUUAUCUCGGCGUUGAAGUAAAGCAAGAAGACAAAGGAAUUUUUAUCACCCAAGAAGGUUAUGCCAAAGAAGUCCUUAAGAAGUUUAAGAUGGAUGAUGCCAAUUCAGUUGGCACCCCGAUGGAAUGUGGCAGCAAGUUGAGUAAGCAUGAAAAUGGAGAGAUUGUGGAUCCAACUCUUUAUAAAAGUUUGGUUGGAAGUUUGCAUUACUUGACAAGUACAAGGCCGAAUAUUCUCUAUGUUCUAGGAGUCAUAAGUCUCUACAUGGAAGCUCCAACAACAACUCGCUUCAAGGCGGCAAAAAGAAUCCUUCGAUACAUCAAAGGUACAACAAACUUUAGCUUGCACUAUUACUCUUCUAACAAUUAUGAGAUUAUUGGCUAUAGUGAUAGCGAUUGGAGUGGAGACUUGGAUGAUAGAAAGAGCAAUAUUGGUUUUGUGUUCUUUAUGGGAGAUACUGCUUUCACUUGGAUGUCAAAGAAGCAACCUAUCGCCACACUGUCAACUUGUGAAGUUGAGUAUGUCGCCGUCACAUCAUGUGUUUGUCAUGCAAUUUGGCUAAGGAAUUUAUUGAAAGAGUUAAAAUGCCACAAGAAGAUCCUAUGGAAAUAUGUGUUGACAAUAAAUCAGCAUUUGCUUUGGCAAAUAAUCCUGUAUUUCAUGAAAGAAGUAAGCACAUCGACACCCGUUACCACUUCAUAA